GGGAAGUCAAGUUCUAAUGCACAUCUAUAAUGCUGGCCCGGCAAGAGAGCAAAAGGAAAGCGCUCAGAUCAGAGGCUAAGCCUGGACAAGGACAGGUAGGAUGGGUACAGUGUACCAGGGACAAGGAAGAGGCUGGUCUGGCUGGAGCGAAGGAUUGGAGCUGGAGGGCCAGCAGAAGGCAGAGCUAGUGAGCCGGAGUCUAGAAGGUGAUAGCUAACCUCAAGCUGGCCUUGCCCCUCUAGAUUCUAAAGGCGCCACAGAGAGCCAGCCAGGCCAAGUUGCAGGCAUCCAAGUUUGCAGGAACAAAAGCAAAAACCCAGUGGAGCUUCCAGGGGUCUAGAAAUCACCUGAGCAAGAAAAGAGGUAACUUCCCUUUGCUUGUUAGUUUAAUUCAUAGUGGUCCACAGGAAAGUCCAUGCAAACGCCUCCACAGCAGCAAGAAAAGGGAGGGCUGGAGACACAGGGUCCCUGCAGGCGAGGGGAGGUGGGGAGACCCCAGGAGGAGAAGGAAGAGGCAAGAAGGCCAAGGCCCCGGGGCCUGCAAAGGAAGAAAAGGAAGCCCAAGAGGCAGCCAAGAAUGAAGCAAGCAACCUGCAGCUCCAUGGCCACAGGCCUGAAACCUCCCCGGGGCUGCCUGGCCCAGGCCUCCUCUGCACAUCUAGCCUAGAGGAGUCCGGGCCCACAGGCCCCCUCGCCCCCACUAUGCUACACGGCUUAUAGCAAGAACAUGGAAAAUGAAAAAUAAAGGAAAGGGGGAAGAAAGGAAAGGAAUAAAAAGACCAAAAGCUGAGAAUCAGGAAUCCAACAGACCCAGCUCUGAAACCCAGCGCUGCUCCUCGCCAGCUGUGCAACUCUGGCGCCUCAGGUUACAGCUGGAAGAUGGGAACAAAUACACCUCCCUGACUUUGCCUCCUGGGGCUGUUAUGAGGGGCAAAUGAGCCGAUGAGCUGAGGGGUCUAUGUUCUCGUUCUCUCGCUGUCCCUUUACCCACAUCAUUCUCCCUCCCUGACCCGGCCCCUCACCCCGCUUAACCCUUCCUCUAGACACACUUCCAUGAAGCAGCCAGUCGCAAAGGUGCCUGUGCCAGCAGAGCCAGGGGAGUCGUGGAGGAUGGCAGUGGGCACCGGCAAAGCCAGAGAGCAGCUUCCGGCCCUCCCAGCCUCCCCCUUGCCUCCUUUGCACCACCUUCCCGCAAACAGGACCCGGGUCUGACGGAGCCACUCCCUGCUUAAAACAGGUUACAACCCAGGCUCCUUAGGCCUACAGUGCUAAGUACCUCCCCCCUUUCUGGAAACUCUACCCAACCCCCAAGUUCUACCUAUUAAAAUCUUUUUCAGCUCUCUAACUUUAUUUUUUUGUAGUAGUUUUCUAUUUUUUGGCUGUGUUGGGUCUUCGUUGCUGCACGUGGGGCUUUCUCUAGUUGCAGAGAGCGGGGGCUACUCUUCACUGUGGUGCGCAGGCUUCUCUCAUUGCGGUGGCUUCUCUUGUUGUGGAACAUGGGCUCUAGGCGCAUGGGCUUCAGUAGUUGGGCACAUGGGCUUCAGUAGUUGUGGCUCGUGGGCUCUAGAACACAGGCUCAGUAAUCGUGGUGCGUGGGCUUAGCUGCUCCAUGGCAUGUGGGAUCUUCCCAGACUGGGGCUCGAACCCGUGUCCCCUGCAUUGGCAGGCAGAUUCUUAACCACUGCGCCACCAGGGAAGUCCCUCAACUCUAACUUUAGACUAAAUGCCCACCUCUUCCAAGAAGUCCCCCUGCCUAUUAUAGCUAUUCACAUUUACCAUGUUAAAAUCAGAAUGGAAAGGAAUUCAAAUAUUUUCUUAUUAAUUUUUAAAUAAAUUUUUAAAUAACAGCAAACUUUUUCAUUAAAAAAAAUUUUUUUGACCCUGCCGCACAGCAUGGGGGGUGAUUUUAGCUCCCCAACCAGGGAUGGAACCCCUGCCCCCUGCAGUGGACGCAUAGAGUCAUAACCACUGGACCACUAGGGAAGUCCCUUUUUUUAAAAAAACUACAUUUUCCAAAACAAAAAGAACAGUAAGAAGGAUAACAUUGUUUCACAUUUUUGCAAAUCCCUUUAACACCUGGUUGGAUUAUCACCUCCUGCACUUCAUGCAGCCUCUGGAAACCAUGCUGUGCACUCAAGAAGGAAGGCAAGAAAGGGAGAAGGACAAAUAACGCCUAAGUAUUAUUACGGAAAUACUUAUGACCUCCCAAACCCUCUAAAAUCAGUCCACAUCUUAGGACCUAGGAAAGGCUUGUCCCCUAGAUGAAAGCAGCCCAAGGCCCUCCAGGGGGUGAACGGAGAGGAGCUGGGUGUGGGGGGAAUGUCCCAAGUGUGAGGAGAGCUGCCUCAGGUUCGGGUUUGCAGAAUCUGUCUCCUUUGUUUCUCCUCUCCCCACUGGGUUCUUCACUUAGUUCCCCUCUGUCACCAGCUUGCCUUAGGCCAGUGUAGAGUGAAAGACGUGUGUCAGAGAAAACACGCGCUUUGGAUUUCCCCAGUCCUGGGUUCAGCUCUUGUCUCUGUAUCUUACCAGCUGUGUGACCUAGGGGAAGUUACUUAACCUCUCGGAGCCUUAGGCCAUCAUUUGUAAAAUGGUUAUGCUACCUCACAGAGUGAUUCAAGGAGAGAAACUGCACGUAGGACCGCUGGCCCAGGGCCUAAUACAAAACAGACAUUCUACAAACAGUAGCCAGAAAGGUUAUGUUGCCUCUCCACCUCCUGCCCUGUCCGACUCAGCCUGAGCACGGCUAACACAAACCAGAUUAACAGUCCCUUUCCCUUCUCCCUGAUGACAGCUGUGCCAGGCUGGGAUUUUCCAAGAGAACCUCGCUUGUGGAGAGAGAGGCACGGAGUGAUGUAGUUUGCAGUGUGUGUUUUCUAUGCUGCAGCAGCAGAAGGCACCACCUGCCGGACUCCGCAGCCCAUCUGAAGGGCCAGCGCUGACCAACCCGUCCAAAGCCUCGGGCACCUUCUCCUCCUCCUCUGCCCAUUCUCCUGCAGCCUGAGGUGACCCAGGAAGAGGCAGCCAACCCCUCAAGCUCCCUGACUCACAUCAACACAGACACAAAGCAGAGCCUACACAACCCUAUUCUGUCCAUAAUGUCUCAUCUCCUUGUCCCGGGCACCCAGGUGCUUUAAGGGACUUCCAAAGACCCGGCUUGGCUAAUGCCUCAGUCACCCCGAUGGGAAGGAGUGGUGGGCUGCUGGUUUUGUCCAGGGCCCUUAGGACUCACAGGAUUUGAAGAUGCCAAACCCUCAUUGCUGGCUUCGAAGGCUCCUUCAUGCCUGUAAAACUGCCCCACUGUCCCCUUCCUUCCCUGCACCCCUCAGAUGCUCACUCAACACCUCAGUGAGGUUAGGAAAGGGGGUGGCCAUCUCCCUGGUCACACCCCCCACAGAGCACCUAGCUUCCUCCGCGGGGUGUUCUCAGCCAUGGUCUGUGCCUUUAAGGACUGCUGUUGUGUGCCAGGGGCUCGACCUCAGCAUCCUCAGCUGAGUUGGAUUAAGGGACCAUUUCAUGCCAUUGCGAAUUCCUUCUGGCUGCUCUCCCUUCCCCCACACAGAGACAGACUAGCCAGUAGCCCCAACUAGUCUGCCCAGGGCAGUGGGAGAGCUGGUCUAGCCUGGCAGCCCUGGCUCUCAGGCAGCAGAGGCUGCCCCUUUGAGAGGUGGCUUGGGGGCAGGGAGCGGGCCCUUUGGGGUCCUGGACUGUCACAGGGAUUGGAGAAAGCCAUGCAGAGCCUAGAGCCAUGAAGGACUGCUCCGAUAUCAUCCUCUGUGUGGAGGCAACAGAGCUGAGCAAGACUGAGUUCUGCAAUCCUGCUUUCGAGCCUGAAUCAGGGCCACCUUGCCCCCCACCUGCCCUCCGGGAGGACGCCAGCUGCAGCACCCAAGCUCCCUGGCAUGGCCGGCGUCCCCGAGGGCUGCAGGCUGACUGCCACUUCUCCUGGCUGUGUGUCCUCCUGCUGGCCAGCCUCCUGCUCCUGCUGCUUGGGCUGCUAGCGGCCAUCAUCCUGGCCCAAUUGCAGGCUACACCCCCAUCCAGGACCACCUACCAUCCACUACCUUCCCGAGGCCUCACCACCAUUGCCGCCACCCCCACCACCACCUCUCAGGCAACUGGGACCCCUAAAGGGCAACCGGAGGCAGGCAUGACCCCCUCACCCCAAUCCACCUGUGGGGGCCUCCUUCCCGGCCCAGGGGGCUUCUUCAGCAGCCCCAACUACCCAGAUCCUUACCCACCCGACACCCACUGCGUGUGGCAUAUCCACGUGGCCACAGACCAUGCAAUACAGCUCAAGAUCGAAGCUCUCAGCGUGGAGAGUGUGGCCUCCUGUCUUUUUGAUCGCUUGGAAAUCUCCCCCGAGCCUGAAGGUCCCCUCCUCAGAGUGUGUGGGAGGGUGCCGCCCCCCACACUCAACACCAACGCCAGCCACCUUCGGGUGGCCUUCGUCUCCGACAGCAGCGUGGAAGGGUCUGGCUUCCGUGCCUGGUACCAGGCCGUGGCCCCUGGGCACGGGAGCUGUGCCCACGAUGAGUUCCCCUGCGACCAGCUCGUCUGCCUGCUCCCUGACUCAGUGUGUGACGGUUUUGCCAACUGUGCUGACGGCAGUGACGAGACCAACUGCAGUGCCAAGUUCUCCGGGUGUGGGGGGAACCUGACUGGGCUCCAGGGCACUUUCUCGGCUCCCAGCUACCUGCAGCAGGACCCUCACCCACAGCUUUGCACCUGGCAUAUCUCAGUGCCCUCUGGACAUGGCAUUGAACUGCUGUUCCACAACUUCAGCCUGGAAGUGCAAGACGAGUGCAAGUUUGACUACGUGGAGGUGUACGAGACCCACAACUCAGGGGCCCUCAGCCUCCUGGGCAGGUUCUGUGGAGCAGAGCCACCCCCGCGCCUCAUCUCCGCACACCACCGGCUGGCUGUGCUCUUUAGGACAGACCAUGGCAGCAGCAUCGGGGGCUUCUCAGCCACCUACCGGGCCCUCCAUGCCACAGAGAAACCCUGUGGGCCCGGUCAGUUCCCCUGCCGGGAUGGAGGGUGUAAGAGUCUGCAGUGGAUGUGCGGCACGUGGAGAGACUGCACAGAAAGCAGCAAUGACAACUGCAGCAUCCCCUUGUUCCCACCCCCAGAGGUGGCCUGUGAGCCUGUCCAGGUGGAGAUGUGCAUCGGUCUGAGCUACAACACCACGGCCUUCCCUAACAUCUGGGUGGGCAUGGCCACCCAGGAGGAGGUGGUGGAGGUCCUCAGAGGUUACAAGAGCCUGACAAGCCUGCCCUGCUACCAGAAUUUCCGGAGGCUCCUUUGCGGGCUGCUUGUGCCCCACUGCACCCCGCUAGGCAGUGUCCUUCCCCCUUGCCGCUCUGUCUGCCAGGAGGCAGAGCGCCAGUGCCAGUCUGGCCUGGCACUGCUGGGCACCCCCUGGCCCUUUAACUGCAACAGGCUGCCCGAGGCAGCUGGCCUGGAAGCUUGUGCCCAGCCCUGACCCUGAGGUGGCCCCUGCCCACUGC